GAACCACAAGACAAGUGGCUAUAAAUAGUGGAUGUGAGGUUAAGCGUUCCUCAGUAACACACAAGACAAGACAGAAGAUGGCAGUAGCAACGUUGAAGAGAGAGAGAGAGAGAGAGAGCAUAGAGUUGGCACAGAGUCUGAUGCUACUUUCUCAAACCAAAAAACCUCUGCUCGACACUUUGGCUCCGGCGGAGUUCGAGUGCAAGACAUGCAAGCGCAAGUUCUCGUCGUUCCAGGCCCUCGGCGGCCACCGGGCCAGCCACAAGAAGCCCAGGUUGGAAGCGGAAGAGGAGAAGGGCCCGAGGAGGCAGCCCAAAAUGCACGAGUGCUCCAUCUGCGGCAUGGAGUUCGCUUUGGGCCAGGCCCUGGGUGGGCACAUGAGAAAGCACAGAGGUGCCGUCGCUGAUAACAACGAAGGCGUCAUCGAGAAAGUUCCGGUUCUGAAACGGUCCAACAGCAAGAGGGUGCUUUGCUUGGACUUGGAUCUCAACUUGACGCCUUUGGAAAAUGAUCUCAAGUUGUUGUUUGGAAACAAGGCACCUAGGGUCGAUCUUUCCUUAUUCUAACUUCUCAUCAUUUCUCUAUUCUUUACAUUCUUUUUUCUGUACAAAUGUAUCAUUCAAUUAAUCAACUUCGCUUUCCUCAAUUUG